CCGCAACAAUCAACGGGCCAGGCACGGGCCGUGAUUUUUGACCCAAAACCCGACCCAACCCGAAAACCCCGACCCAAAUGCCAAAAAACCCGACCCAACCCGAAAAAAACCCGACCCGACACGUCCGCGCAGGGUGCACGGGCCAACCCGAUCCGACCCGGUGAUAGGUACGGGUCGGGCGCAAACCAUCCUAUGCGACCCGUGACCCGACCUUGACCCGACCCCACGUUUGGCCAGGUCUACUCCCCCCUCUCCGUCUCUCGCUCGCUCCUCUCGCUCCCCCUCUCAGUUCUCACCUCACACCUCACUCUUUUUGGAUUCUUCUUCCCAGGCAUCGCCUGUCUGACCUCAUUGGCCCAAGCCCACCUCCCCCUUUGUGGAAUCCUAAAUUCUUGCCUCCCCUCUGCUCCUUCCACCUGCCUCCCCAACUAGGGAAAGGAGCAAGCAAAACAACUAGCUGCAGCCAGCUAGCCAGCCAGAGCCCAGAGCAGCAGCCGCUCCCACACCCGCCGCACGCUUCUACUGGCGGGCCUCUGCGAUCCGUCGUGUGUAUGCGCGCCGCUCUCCCCUCCUCGUCGCCGCCGCAAGAUUCUCCCGUUCUUGCCAUGCGCCGUCGUCAGAGGUUCCUCCUGUCAGUCAGUCAGUCAGUGCCACCUGUGUUCCGCGAUGAGGAUUGAGGAGCGCGGCCUUUGUGGUGCUGAACUGCUGAUCGCGCGCGCGCAUUUUCUGCAGGUGUGCAUGGUGAUGAUCGCGCGCCGGAGUAGGUAGGCAAGCUGGUGAAUGGGAGCCAAGGCAAUGUCGUCCCACGGCAGCGGCGGCGGCGGCGGCGGGGCCGCGUCGCGGCAGGGCUCGGCUUGCAGCCUCGCGUUCGGCGACGCGGACGCCCAGCCGCACGGCGUCAACCUGGACGACCUCCUCCGCGCGGGGCGGAAGACGGUGGACGAGGUGUGGCGCGACAUCCAGGGCGCCGCGGCCUGCCCGCGGGCCCAGAUGACGCUGGAGGACUUCCUGUCCAGGGCCGCCGGCGCCGGGGGGCGCGGCUGGGCGCACCAGCUGUACCAGCCGGCCCCGACGCCGCAGCUGGGCCAGCACCACCACCCGGCCGUCGGGCGCCCCGUGCCGCGGCCGCCCGGCGUGGGCGCCGGGCCGCCGGCGCUGGACGCGCUGUACUACGACGGGCACGAGGGCGGUGCCGCGACGGCGGCCGGCGGGAAGCGGGCCGUCCCCGAGCGCGGCGUGGCGGAGAGGUCGAACGAGCGGCGCAAGAAGCGGAUGAUCAAGAACCGGGAGUCGGCGGCGAGGUCGCGCGCGCGGAAGCAGGCGUACACCAAGGACCUGGAGAUCAAGAUCUCGCAGCUGGAGGAGGAGAACGAGCGGCUGCGUGGCCACAAGGCACCGGAACCGGUAGUGCAGCAUGUGCCGCCAAAGGAGGUGAAGAAACAGCUCCGGCGGACUAACUCGGCCAACUUCUGAUCAUGUUAAUAGUAGUAGUCAACUGUCCUGGCAGUAGGGUUUGUUCAAGUUAUAACCUCCCUGUUGGGAAUACCCAGCUAGUAAGUAGUAAGAAUUCUUCGAUGCAGUCCCCAACUUGCAGCAUCGAUUUGGGUAUUGUUGCAAACCAUUGUACCCCGACCAUGUAGUUGUUGCGGCAAACUUGCCAUCUAACUGAUCCGAUGAUUUCUGCAACCUAUAAUUGCAAGUGUUUAACAGAUAAGCAGUUGUGCUGUAUGAUCACCCAAGGGGGAAAAAUGCGGCUUCCUUCUAUC